AUCAACAGCUAAUAGGCUUAUGACACAUGUCUAAGGUGCUGGAGGGUUCAGGAUAUGCUAAUUCUGAGGUUGAGACAGAAUACAAAAGUGGACAUAAACAGCCUGCAGCAAGAAGAGGAUAUAUAGACCGGAUGGGGCCCUCCUCUUUCUUUCCCUCUCCCCUUCGUAUCUGUCGCCUUUACUAUGUUUACAUUACUGACACACCCCUGACCUUCACCCAGGCCCCCUCCACUGGCCCUAACACCACACACACACACACACACACACACACACACACACACACACACACACACACACACACACACACACACACACACACACACACAAUCAUUACCACAACCAUUUCCACCACAUACCAGAGCUCACAGUGAACACAAUUAUGACUGAAUAAAUGUCGCUUCAAUAAAUAUGACUGCAAAAAAGAGAAAUAUUAUCGAGGACUGGAGUGCAAAAAUAUCAGCAAUAUUUGCCCGGUGCGGUGGUGUAACGGAGUUGUUUAAUCGUCUAUUUUUAGCAUACUCGGUCGUCUCUCAUGCAUUGCAAAUGUAUGGCAACAUCGCCAUGCAGCGGCAUUGCUUCCCCAGCCUACCACUGUACUGCAGAGUAGACACACCCCUCCAAUACACACGCCUCAAUGCACACAUUUGCAAAGUGUCAAAGAAAUCAUGAAAGCAAAUGCAUAAAACCACACAUUAUGGACCAGACACAAUUCAUAUUAUGAUUUCAACUGUGUGAUAUCGAAAGAAGCAGUGUUGCGGUUUGUUUGAAUUUAACAUACAGAGCCCAUAGCCUGUCGCUAUAAAAACACAAAGAGAGAGAGGGAGAGAGAAAACGCACGGCCUCAAUAGGAAGACUUCGACCGACUGAGACGCCAUAUCGCGCCAUAUCGCGCCAUAUCUAAUGCUGGCACGGUGAUCCCCACAUCGGGUCUCCGUUGAUUCAGAGAUCAGUGGCUAAAAAACGAUGUUGCUUUAAACCUCACGCGGUCAAAGUUGUUUACCUCUUCGUUACCUCUGACGUCACGACACACCCCUGUUUGAGGGGGCGGCUCUCGGCGUUAUGAGCACCGCGACCGACCAAACAGAGCUGGGCUGGACCGAAAUGUCACCAACUGCAACACGGGAGACACGCCGAGCCCACCGGUGAUUGGAUAUCGAAGGGGCUGGGGGGGAAAUCCCUCUCUCCCGUAGAGGUCCUGAAGAGAGGGGCGGUGCAUAACAAAAAAAAAAAAAAAAGUAAUGGCCAUCUAUUUGGGUCCUGAAGAAGGAGGGAUAUUUCUCGUCGGACUACCGUAGGUGUGAUUUAGUUGUCUCAGUGUUAGCGAGUGUGUUUCACCGUUAUUAAUACCCCCGUUGUGUUGUAGCCGUUUUUCCGUUAAUUGUCCGUCGCCUGCGGUCGCAGAACGGUUAACAAGCUGGCCGGACUAGGUGCCGCGUUUUAGGGUUAAAGCAGCCAGCUAGCCCCGCUAACAUUAGCUACUACCAGCGCCGCUGCUGCUGUGGCGAGUGAGCCAACGUCUGGAAAGGGCGUAAGUUACGAGUUUGACGUUUUUCUCCCCCAAGUCUCCUCACAUUUCUGAGUUUGGUACAACGCAGUGCUCUCUCCUCAAAAGCUACCCCACCGAGUCAACAUGGAGGGGACACACUUUCCAAGAGCAUGAAAGAGGACGACGAACGGCGACCAAAGAGGAUUAAAAGCAACUCGCUCUUGAUGGGGGAAAAGUUGAGCUAAGGAUUAACAACUUGGGAUUAACUGAAGAGAGGUUUCAAGUCUUACCUAUUGUACAAGGGCAUGCUAACACCUCAGUGAUGGAGCCCACGGUUGUGAGUACGUCCACUCUGGCCCCUGAUGAGUUCGAUAGGAACAUACCUCGGAUCUGCGGCGUGUGCGGUGACAAAGCCACCGGCUUCCACUUCAACGCCAUGACCUGUGAGGGCUGCAAGGGUUUUUUCAGGCGCAGUAUGAAGCGCAAGGCGUCCUUCACGUGUCCCUUUAAUGGCAGUUGCACCAUCACCAAGGACAACAGGCGCCACUGCCAGGCAUGCCGACUCAAACGCUGUGUGGACAUUGGCAUGAUGAAAGAGUUCAUUUUGACAGAUGAGGAAGUGCAGAGGAAGAAGGACCUGAUUCAGCGGAGAAAGGAUGAGGAGGCACAGCGCGAAGCGGAGAGGGAGGCACGGCGACCCCGGCUAUCUGAUGAGCAGAGUCAGGUCAUCGCCACAUUGGUGGAGGCGCACCACAAAACAUAUGAUGACUCCUACUCUGACUUCUGCCGCUUUAGGCCUCCUGUGCGUGAGGGCCCAGUGACACGUAGCGCCAGCAGAGCUGCCUCUCUGCACUCUCUGUCUGAUGCCUCCUCUGACUCCUUCAGUCACUCUCCUGAGUCAGUCGACACCAAAAUGAACUUCAACAACCUGCUGAUGAUGUACCAGGAGCAGGGCAGCAGCCCUGACUCCAGUGAGGAGGAGGGCUCCAGCUUCUCCAUGUUGCCCCACCUGGCUGAUCUGGUCUCCUAUAGCAUCCAGAAGGUUAUUGGCUUUGCCAAGAUGAUCCCUGGGUUCAGGGAGCUGACUGCAGAGGACCAGAUCGCCCUGCUCAAGUCCAGCGCCAUAGAGGUGAUCAUGCUGCGCUCAAAUCAGAGCUUCAACCUGGAAGACAUGUCCUGGAGCUGUGGUGCGCCUGACUUUAAAUACCAGAUCAGUGAUGUCACUAAAGCGGGCCACACUCUGGAGCUGUUAGAGCCGCUGGUGAAGUUCCAGGUGGGCCUAAAGAAGCUCAACCUGCAAGAGGAGGAACAUGUGCUGCUGAUGGCCAUCUGCUUGCUUUCUCCAGACCGCCCAGGUGUGCAGGACCACGCACGGAUCGAAGCCCUCCAAGACCGGCUGUCAGAGACCCUACAGGCCUACAUCCGGCUUCACCACCCAGGAGGACGACUGCUCUACGCCAAGAUGAUCCAGAAGCUGGCCGACCUGCGCAGCCUUAAUGAGGAGCACUCCAAGCAGUACCGCUCACUCUCCUUCCAGCCGGAGCACAGCAUGCAGCUCACCCCGCUGGUGUUGGAGGUGUUCGGCAGCGAAGUCUCCUAGGGGGCCCGCCUCUGAACCUCAGCGGUGGAGAGGAAGCUGGAGACAAGUCCCCUGGGGGUAAAAAAAAAAAAGGAGGGACUGAGCUGAGGAUGUGCUGGAUGGACUAAACGCAGGUGUGGAGUAUGAAGCAAGUGGAAGAAAGAAAGUGGUGUGUGUGUGUCUGUGUUAGUGUGUAUGCGUGUGCGAGUGUACGUCUUCGUGUAUGUGUCAUGUUUAAAGAAGUCUAUCUUGGCAAAGAGGCCAAGGUCGUAUGGAGAGCAAGCAGAUGUUAAGAGACAGUAAACAAGGGAACUUCAUAUAAUACAGAUUAAACUAUACAUACAAUGUCUGCCUAUAUAUACAGUGUUUUUGUCUGUAUUUAAAUCAACCAACAGCUGCUUCAAAUGCCUGGACAUUUUGUGUGUGUACAUGUCGUGCACACACCCACACAACAAGCAUACUCAGUUAUUCAUUUAGCCAUUCAGUUGAGCUACCUCUUGGUUUUACUGGGGUUGUUUUAUAUUUACAUCACCUAUGUGAAACAGUAACUUUUACACAGAACAGUUUAAAUACAGCAAAGAUUACAUUUCAGUUUUAUCAGUGCAAAAGCAGUGCCUGCACAUUACUUUAAAUGUUUGCAUACUUUAUUGUUAUUAUUGUUUUUUUGUUUGUUUCAUCUGCUUCUCUCUAUGGCAGCGUAUGUAUAUGAACACAUGCCUUUCACCUUUCACCAAAGGUAUGGUCAACUACUCUCUCAAAAGCUUCCAGUACCUGACAAAAAAAACAAAAAACAACCUUGCUGCUCCGUGGCUUUUUUUCCACGCAUGCAGCCAAUCAACAUGCUAGCAAGUUGUCUGUCUAGCCUCACAACCUAUGAAGGAAAACUGUCAUUAGGUUUAUAAUGCAGAGUACAGAAUAUAUAGUCUUUGAUUUUUGGGGUGCCUGGUUUUGAGGUGAGAAUUAGCCACUAAAUGUGUUAGCUACUUUUACACUGCUAACUGUCAAUCAAACCAAGCCCACAUUAUGGCUUGUUGCUCUUUUUUUGUAAUUGUUUUUUUCUUCCUCUUCUCUCUCUUUUUUUUUUUAAUUGUUUCCCUGUAAAUAGUUAAUUGCUACCACAUGUAUCCUAAGCACUGUUAUACCACCUUUUACUCAAGCCUAUGUAUUGCUAUACAGUAUCUAUAUUAUCACAGAUUUUAAAGGGCUAAAAUGCCAAAUCUAACUGGAAUAGUAAAUCAAGGCCAAAGCAAGAGGCCUGACUUGUUUAAUAUAUAGCUGCAUACCAUACUUGGAAUUGGCAUAGACAUGGAUGUAAUUGCAAUGGAUGCUUUUUUUUUGUGGGGGUUUUUUGUUUUUUUUUACGUCAUUUCACCUUUAAAAACAAUUCCAUGAAUUGUUCCACCUCAGUAUACAGUGAGCUCGGUGGGUGGAGAGCUUUGGAAGCUGCUUCAGACCUCCACAAAUAUCACACCCCUUUCGUUUCUGACUGGGAAGUGGAUUUUCUAGAAUGUCGGAGGGCCUGGUUGUGCACCUCUUUGCCCAGGCCCUCCUGUUUGAUGAUGUAUGCUGCGCAGCCCUCUAGUGGCUGCAUCAUGUAAAUACCAGGUAUAUAUAAUAUGUCCGCUGUACAUAGGGCUACAUAGAUAUUUCUCAAGGCUAAUUUUUUCAAAAAUAUAUAUGCAAAUACAAUAUUGACCCUUUUUUUGGUUUUUGAUUCAUUAUCACUAUGUUUUGAGACACUAUGCUCUUUGUUUUUGACUUUGAACAUGUUUUUCUUGGUAAGAAUGAGUUAGGAAUGGCUUAAACAGGGAUUGCUUGUGUAUUUUGAUGUAUUUAACUAAUUUCCAAGGUUUAUUUUAAGAAAGAGGACAAGCUAGACAUACCGUGCUGCUCUCUAAUAUAAGCCAUAUAGAUCACCAAGCUUAUUAUACGCCGAUACAUUACAGCUCUUCAAAAUGAUGACUCCAGAGCCUCGGAUAUUCUCGUUAUAUAAUCUACUAAACUCAUAUGCUAUUUAUCUUUGGCUUUGGAAGAUUCUUUUAAGCUUGUACGCAGUAGGAACUCAUGCCUUCUCUCUGCUGUCAGUCAUCUUUGGCUUAUGCUUCAUCAGACAGCAUCUAAUGGCUUAUAAACCAAACUUCCAAGAGAAUUGAUAUGCUAGGCUUUAGAGGACAGUUAUGUAUGACUCGCUGCAUUUGGGAGGAUAGAAAAACUGACAUCAAGUGACAUCUCUUAUGUUGAGACAGUUCCCCAAAGAAGAAGAUAAUGAUGAUGAUGGUCCUUUCUUGUCUUCUGUCUUCUCUGUCUUCUUCUGCUGUGCGGCUGAAGACAUCUGUUCAAACGGUUCCUGUGAUUGGCCAUAUGGGCUUCCUGUGUCAGGCCGAGAGCUUCCUGUGACAUCAUCUCAGCAGACCAGGGCUACUCUGUGAUCUUAGUGGAAGAUUGUGAGAGAGAGCAUACAGUAUGUGUAUGUGUUACUUAUCCGUGAGGAGAGUCGAGACAGUUGGCGCUUUAAUCUGUUCAGCCCAGAUGGGUUCUACCGUAGGAUCUCAAGUCCAUUCUCCGUCACUGUGGCUUUGUUCCAACAUUCGCUACCAGUCACUGUGACACCCUGAAAGCCGACAGUCGGGGCUUUACAUAUAGAUGAUUUGUAUAGCCCAGAUAGUAAAUAAAUUUUGGAUGUUUCCAAAUUCCUGUAAUCACGAGUUUGGUUUUCUUCCUGAAAUCAUCGGGAUUAUAAAGUGUGUGUGUGUGUGUAUAUAUAUCUAUGUGUAUAUGUAUAUAUAUGUGUAUAUAUAUAUAUAUAUAUAUAUGUGUGUGUGUAUAUAUAUAUAUAUAUAUAUAUAUAUAUAUAUAUAUAUAUAUAUAUAUAUGUGUGUGUGUAUAUAUAUAUAUAUAUAUAUAUAUAUAUAUAUAUAUAUAAUUCCAUGUGUCCCAUGAAUUUCCCUGCUGUGAUUGAACUUUUAAGGAGUUGAGGCUCGAGCGUCUCUAGGCAGUACCACUCAUAUGUAUAGUAUGUCAGUUUGAUGAGGGGUAUGAUGUGCUUGGUUACUGAACACUGACUUUUGAAGUUUUGAAAAGUCUCCAUGUUGAUUUUUCUGAAUACAUACUUCUGUAUGUAGAUAUUGGUUUGAUUUUGUUCCAUUGUCUUCUUUGAGAUAGAGAUGCAGUGUUUGAUUUGUGUAUGUUUAAUACAGUGGAAGGUUUGGUGAACAUGCAAGUGCCACAGGGAGAGUUCCCUCCACACAAGAACAGGGUAAAAGAGGAGUUGCUCUUGGGGAUCUAAAAACCGAACGGGAAAACUUUUUGACGAUGUUUCAUAUAGCCGUUUAUUGUGACAGGGAAGUUCUGACUGGAGGUUUUAUAUUAAGCGAGAAACCCCGUUUCCCAACCGUCACACUAUACAUAACACGCCGAUACAGUUAAAUGUAAAUAUGGUGCAUCCACUGGUUUUCCUGUUUGGUUUUACCAUGGUAGGCUGCUCAGAAUUUGUAAGUUUUAACUCUGCAUUGUGGUUGUUCAAAUAUUGGAACUUGAAAACUAUCCAGCGAUGGAAAUCUACAGCAAACGAGAUGCAUCCAUCGUAUCUGUUUAGAUUUCUGUUACCCUUCAAGAUUGGCAACAUAACACAGUAACAAUGCAAUAUUCAACUCAUGGUACACUAUCACCAGCAAGCUUUACAGUUUAUCAAGUUAGUAGACAUUUUUGAAGUUUUUUGUAUAACUGUUGCCAUUACAAACCCUGUCUGUAAAACAUGUAUAUCGUUUGCAGAAAACCGCUGGCCAUCUCCCAUGCAAAAGGCUCUCAAGUCUUUAUUUUUGUUCAUCCAAUUAGGACAGGGAUUGUAAUGGAAUCAACUUAAUGUAGUUCUUACAAAAAUGGAGUGUCCACAAUGGAUGUACACCAUAAUCUACCUAAAAAACCUACCUCUUUUAGCUCAGAUUUUGCUUUAGCAUUAAGCAUUUGCCUCUGUUUUUACUUUUGUAAUAUUUGUAUUCAUGUUGGUAUUUAUUGCUGUCUAAUGAGUCAUACUUCAAUGAUUACCUCAGAGAUAUCUCACAGAUUUGGGAGAGUCCAGCUAAUGAAGUCAUUCAUAGUUUGUUGUUUUUUUUUUUUUUGUACAGUUUCUCUUCUCAGACUUAGCAUUGCCUUUUAUUUUAUUUUUUUUUACGCACAAAAUACCAGGAGUGUUUUUAAUAUAGUGCCUGCACUCUGACCAACGGGGCUCAGACUGGUUAGGAUGAGGCUGCACUUGCUCCAAAAACUGACAUCUCUCUCUCCCUCUCUGCAACUUUGUCCUUUGGAUAUUUAGGUGAUUUUCAGCGACCGACGCAAUUAAUCUGGUUGCCACAUUGCUGAUAUCUGCCUUAUCUUUUUAGUUCUUAAGGGCAAAUUGAGGAGUGGAACAUUGUGGAGUGAGUGCAGCUGUAAAGAAGGAACAACCUGAAAGACUUUGUGGCAGUAGGAGAAAUGAGAGGUGUGUUUGCGCUCCACUUGGUACUGUUAGCAUGGUCUUUGCUCUGUAGUACGCCAUCCUUACCGUUUCCCUCUUACUUGCCCCGUCAUUUCCUCCGUACACCUCUCUGUGUCUUCACCUCUCCUUCUGUCCUAAAGUCUGCUCCCGCACCUUCAUCAUUCCCUGCCGAUGUUUGGUCAAACGAGGGGAAUUAGGAGAGGUGAAAUCCUCAGUAUCCAUGCAAUGCUGCUUUUAUCUUGAGCAUCACCAAGUCGCAUGUCAUUGACACAACGUAAUGCAGGCAUCGUCCAAAGUGUCGGCCCCCAGCGGCACGACAGGCCUCAUUGGAAGAUUGUGUCUCUUGACUCGUACGCAACUUAGUGGUGCUUAUUGGAAACAAAAAUUCCAUUCAGAUCCUAGUAUCAUAUUAACGGAGCAACUACUCACUUUGGUGAAUUUAAACCAAGUUUUUUUGUAUUCAUGUCAAACUGCUUCAGGUAAACACUGAAUGAAAUGAAAGAGUUUUUAUUAAUCAGUGAAUACUAAGGAACAAUAUCGCCAUGGUCACAUCUACCCUGAGCUGUGUGCCAUAUGACCCUUUUAAUGCAGGGGGAGGGUGUUAACGAAGCUGGCUUCAGAUGUUCCCCAGCUUCAUUUGAAUGGGAAGGUUGUCCGAGUGUGAGAUUGGCUUAUUGCUUAGUACUCUGUCAGCCAUGUAUAUUGAUCUUUUAUAAAGAGUAAAUUUGAAUUUGGCAUUGAAUUUCUAACCCUGCGUUGUGAACCCAAAUCAUGCAACAUUCAAUUAUAAAUGCCUGAACCAACAAAAGCACUUAAUGUAAUGUUUGUAACACAUGCAUACUGAUGAAUCUACUAGCCAUAAACUGCCUGUGUAGGUCAGCAUGAUAUGGCUCCAAUUAUCAAAAAAGUCACCUAAAUUCUUUUUUUUCAAAGAUCUUCUUUUUUCUAUUAUAAAUUGGUGUUUAUGUAAUGUUAUUUUUGUCAGAUGUUUUGCAAAUCAAAAAUAAACAGUUGUACAUAGCA